AUGCAUUCUCAUCUUCCUCAAAAUAAUUUCUCUGACAAGCAACAGGCCAAGAGACCAAUGCCUUCUCCUACUCCUCCUCAAUUUCCAAAGAAGGCAAGGACAAAAUUUAAAGCUAGCAAAGAAACUCCUGAUGCAAGAGUCUCAAAGAAGAAAUCUUCUAAGAGUCAAAUUGUUGAUACAUUGUUCCACAAGUUAAAACACCUUUCCGAGGAUAGUCUGCAUUUUAUUGGCCUGAAUAAGAAGUUUAACCCUAACAAUGUCAAACAUUUCUAUUGUAAUCUUGUGAAAAACAUUGGAGGUACUGAAAGCAGAUUCAAGGACAAGAUAAUUAGGUUUAAUUACAUGGAUUUUACCAAAUAUUUUGGUAUGAAAUUUGAGGGUCCUAAUAUGUCUGUUGUGAGAUCGAUUGAAUAUGAUAGAAUUUAUUUUGUUCUCUCCUACUCCAAGGAUAAUCCAAAGACACCUCUAUUUUUAUAUUCUUUUAUGCAGUUGAUCCUUGAGGUUAAUGACAUUGUUUCGAAAUUAGAAGACCGACUUAAAGCUCCUAAAAUUAUGGAUUACUUUGGAGUUUCUAACAUGAGAUACUACAGGGACACUAAUGGUGACUACUAUUAUCUUGAGGAAUAUAGCCAGAAGGUUUAUGAUGACAAGAUUAUGGAUCUGAUUAAGGAUCCCUCUAAUGAUGCUAGUGGGUCCUUUUCUAGUUUGUUAUUUGCUUAUGUGAAAUCCUAUAUUGAUGAGUUGGUUGGGAAGAUUUUUGACAACCAGAUUAGGGAAGAGCGAAUCAUGGCACACAUUGAUAAUAUGGCCUAG